AUGAGGGGUCUCACAGGUUGGGGAGCACAGGUACUGGCACCUGGUGCAACCCGGUGCACUACAAGUCCCGAACGACCCCGCAGAGAUGCAGGAACCGGGGGUGUGUUGGGGGAGAGAUACAAAGCGGGGAGCGGGCGGGGAUGAUGUCAGCCUGCGGGGAGCCCCAGCGUGGCCAAUGGCGCUGCGGGGCCGGGCCAGCGGCAGCGGCGGGGGCGGUGGCGGCGGCGGUAGCGGCGAGAGCACGGAGCCCAUUCAUGAUCCGGCGAACGGGGCCGGUGGCAAGUAAAGCGGAACCGGUGCCCUGUAAAGCGGCGCCGGUACCGCCGUCAUGGAGACAUCGGGGCAUCUCCACGAUUCGGGCGUGGGGGACUUGGAGGAGGAUGGUCGGUGUCCGUGCCCCUUACCGGGAGAUGAACGGUCACCGCCGCCGCCCUCCGCGCUGCCGCCGCUUCAGCACAGCCUGUUGCACUCCUCGCCCGGGUCGUUACGGGCCCCUCCUCCUCCUCCCGCCGCCCCCGCCGCCCUCCACCCUUCCUCUCGCCACGGCAGCCAGCUCAACCUCGGCGACCACCCAGCGGGCUCUGGGGUGGCUAGCAGCAAACACCGGCAGCCCAGCCCCUUGGUUCAUCGGCGGGACAGCAACCCCUUCACCGAGAUUGCCAUGAGCUCCUGCAAGUACAGCGGGGGGGUGAUGAAGCCACUCAGCCGACUCAGCGCAUCCCGACGGAACCUCAUCGAGGCCGAGCCGGAGGCACAACCCCUGCAGCUCUUUGGUGCCGGUGAACCCCCCGAAAUUGUUGUCUCACGCGAGGACAACCAUGCGCCUGCCACCCACCGUCCCACUCGCCCGCCUGCCCGGCCGGCCCCCACCACCUUUGCCAAGGGGCCCAAGCGCAAGGCACAGAACAUUGGCUACCGGCUUGGGCACCGCCGGGCACUAUUCGAGAAGAGGAAGCGCCUCAGCGACUACGCACUCAUCUUCGGCAUGUUUGGCAUUGUCGUCAUGGUCAUUGAGACCGAGCUCUCCUGGGGGCUCUACUCCAAGGACUCCAUGUUCUCCCUGGCCCUGAAAUGCCUUAUAAGCCUCUCCACCGUCAUACUGCUGGGCCUCAUCAUUGCCUAUCACACACGGGAGGUGCAGCUCUUUGUGAUCGACAAUGGAGCUGAUGACUGGCGGAUAGCGAUGACGUACGAGCGCAUCCUCUACAUCAGCCUGGAGAUGCUGGUUUGUGCCAUACACCCCAUUCCUGGGGAGUACAAAUUUUUCUGGACAGCUCGUCUGGCUUUCUCCUACACACCUUCUCGGGCAGAGGCUGAUGUGGACAUCAUCCUGUCUAUCCCCAUGUUCCUGCGCCUCUACCUGAUUGCUCGGGUAAUGCUGCUGCACAGCAAGCUCUUCACUGACGCCUCCUCACGCAGCAUUGGGGCACUCAACAAGAUUAACUUCAACACCCGCUUCGUCAUGAAGACACUCAUGACCAUCUGCCCUGGGACAGUGCUGCUGGUCUUCAGCAUUUCCCUCUGGAUCAUCGCUGCAUGGACAGUCCGUGUGUGUGAGAGGUACCAUGACCAGCAGGAUGUAACCAGCAACUUCCUAGGUGCCAUGUGGCUCAUCUCCAUCACCUUCCUCUCCAUCGGCUACGGUGACAUGGUCCCACACACCUACUGUGGGAAGGGAGUCUGCCUGCUCACUGGCAUCAUGGGUGCUGGAUGUACAGCACUGGUGGUGGCUGUGGUGGCCAGGAAGCUGGAGCUCACCAAAGCUGAGAAGCACGUCCACAACUUCAUGAUGGACACACAACUGACAAAGCGGAUCAAGAAUGCAGCAGCCAACGUCCUGCGGGAAACAUGGCUUAUCUACAAGCACACCAAACUGCUGAAGAAGAUUGACCAUGCUAAAGUCAGAAAGCACCAGAGGAAGUUUCUACAAGCCAUCCACCAGUUACGGAGCGUGAAGAUGGAGCAGAGGAAGCUGAGUGACCAAGCCAACACCCUUGUUGACCUCUCAAAGAUGCAGAACGUGAUGUACGACCUCAUCACAGAGCUAAAUGACCGCAGUGAGGACCUGGAAAAGCAGAUCAGUGGCCUGGAAUCCAAGCUGGAGCAGCUCAGUGCCAGCUUCAACUCCCUGCCCCUGCUGAUGGCCGACAUGCUGCGCCAGCAGCAGCAGCGCCUGCUCGCCGCCGUCCUGGAGGCCCGGGGGGUUGGUGUGCCAGUGGGCACUCCCCAAACACCUCUCUCUGAGAGCCCCAUUGGGGUCAGCUCCACCUCCUUCCCCACCCCUUACACAAGCUCAAGCAGCUGCUAAAAUGCAGCCCCUCAGCCCCACCAUGGACAGGGGAAGCAUUUCCACACAGAUCAUGAGGUCUCUGUGAACUUUCUUCUGGUCCUUGAACCGCUGCAGGACCCUUCAGCUGGAGCCAGUGGGACCAGCAGUGCCGAGCAAUGCUCGGAGCUUUGCCAACGCCUUGGUAUCGGGAAUUGCAUCCCCAUUCAGGUGCCUCUACACGUGGUGAAGGAAGGGGACAGAAGGUGAUGCCUUGGGCCAGCCUGUGCCGUGGCGUCCGGUGGCAGACAGAAAACCCACGCUCAAUCUCAGGUCUUCACAUUUCAAAACAAAACAAAACACCGAGUCAGAAGCACUGAAGCAAUGGAGACACCAGAGUGAGAGUUUUCCUCCCUGGGGCAGUCCCCUUGGUCCCUGUCCCUCUCACGAUUGCCAAAUGUCACCAGGCAGAUGCCAAUGAGGGGGGUUUGUUAUGCAGGCUCUGGCUGACGCUGCCUAUGCUCCAUCCCAUCUCCUUGCCAGGAUCCAGAGGACAGCCCCCUCACAUUGACAGCCGGGUGACAAUGUCUGGUUGUAACCUUCCUGGGGAGUUCUCUGGACCUGUGAGUGUUUUCUACCCAGAGAAGAAUGACGGACACUUCCUCUUUCUGGUCCUUGGUGUCAUAUCCUGCCUGGAGAAGCAAGCCAGAGCCAGGAAAGCCAUGCCUACAGCAUGCAGGGCCACGCAGGGCUGCCCCCAGCCAAUGUGUUGGUGGUUAGUGAUGGGGCUGGCCGGCCAGCCCAGGUGCUGAGGGGGUCUCCAGGUGCUCACAUCACUGCCUGCUGGGAGCCUCCCAGCAUUUUGCAAAUCCAGUGGGCUCUCGGCAGCAGUUUCAGAAGUGCUGGAUUGAACACCCCAUCAGCUCCAACCGUCUCCACUUGUGCUGGGAAGAUCCAUGCUUGAGCCCAGCUGGCAGUGUUGAAUCCACCAGGAUCAAGCAGGAACUCACUGGCAAGUGAUAAGGUAGAGGGGCAGGUGCUUCAUCUGUUUAAAACAAAGCCUAUUGCCUCAGUGCCACUUCUGCUGGGUUUGGUGGAGGGCAGCAGCACUCUCUGGCACCGUCUCGGCAAUGGCACUGCUGCCCAUGCCUGCCAAAGUGCAGCACCUCAGACUCCAUUAUACUUUUUUGCUGGUGUUCAGCUUCCUGAGGUACUCUUGGCAUCACUUGGCUGCUUCUGGAACCAGCCACUUUCUGUUUUCCUUUCACCAUUUCUCCUUCUUUCCUCCUCAGUUCUUCCCCAGUCUUGUGUUCUGGCUUUCCUGGAUCCUUGCAUGGAGCUGCACCAGGCUCCCACGUUGGGGUUGGUAUUUGCUGCUUUCCAUGAAAACUCAGCAGAGAAUAUUUAUAUAUUUUUAAACAGAUGAAGUAACUAUGUAAUUACUUUGCAAUAUUAAUUACACCUCACCCAGAAGUGUCA